AUGAAUGAGUCUGAGACCAUGUAUAUCUGUCUCUCAGCAGGAUUCCUCUAUGAAUGAGUCUGAGACCAUGUAUAUCUGUCUCUCAGCAGGAUUCCUCUAUGAAUGAGUCUGAAAGUGACAUUGUGUUUGUUCUGUGUUCUGUCCCAGACAUGGAUGUCUCAGUGCUGCCCAGCAACAGCUGAUUAGAGAAACCCUGAUGAAAUGGCUGCAGUGUCAGGUGGGGCUCUGCUUCUCCGCCUGGAACUUAGUCAACUUGUCACAUCAACAUAUCACAUUUCAUCACCACCACCCCACAAUCUAUUACUUGCGCUUUCGUUGGUUACACAUUUUUAUUCACUCAUGAAGUUGGCUCUCUUCCACACCUGAGUUAAAAAAUUGUAAUAGAAAAUAAUUGUAAUUUAAUUAAUUUCAAUAAACUGUCCUCCUCUUCCUCCUUCCUCUUCCCCUCCUUUUUCCUUCCUCCUUCCUCUUCCUCCUUCCUCUUCUUCCUUCUUCCUCCUCCUCCUCUUCUUCCUCCUCCUUCCCCUCCUCCUCGCCUUCUACUUCCCCUCCUCCUUCCUCUUCUUCCUUCCUCCUCCUCCUUCCUUCUCCUUCCUCUUCUUCCUUCCUCCUUCCUCUUCCCCCCUCCUUCCUCUUCCUCCUCUCCAGUUAAUGAACUCCCAGCCAGAGAAGCCGUUCAUCCGUAACAAGGCAGCCCAGGUGUUUGCUCUGACCUUCGUGAUGGAGUUCCUGACCCACUGGCCCAAGUUCUUCUAUGAUAUCCUGUCUCUAGUGGGUCUGAACCCACACGGGGUUGACGUCUACCUCAGAACACUGAUGGCUAUCGACGCUGAGGUGGUGGACAGAGAUAUCCUGCACUCACCUGAGGUAAGGGGACACUGAGGUGGUAGAUAGAGAGAUACUUACCCCCCCAUUGAGGGAGCAGGUCAUCCCCAGCGUCUAACUCCCCCCUCCUCUCUGUCCCCCUCCUCCUCUCUGUCCCCCUCCUCCUCUCUGUCCCCCUCCUCCUCUCUGUCCCCCUCCUCCUCUCUGUCCCCUCUCCUCUGUCCCCCUCCUUCCUCUCUGUCCCCCUCUAGGAGGUGCGUAGGAACACCUUAAUAAAGGAUGGAAUGAGGGAGCAGGUCAUCCCCAGCCUGGUUGAGUCCUGGUACCAGAUCCUCGGGGCUUAUCAGCAGUCUCACCCUGAGAUCACCUGUCAGUGUCUGGAGGUGGUAGGGGCAUACGUCUCCUGGAUAGACCUCAACCUCAUCGCCAACGACAGGUACGUCUGUCUGUCUGUGGUCAGUCUGUCUGUCUGUGGUCUGUCUGUCUGUAGUCUGUCUGUGGUCAGUCUGUCUGUCUGUCUG